AGUGAUGUGUGAAGGAAGGAGGAGGAGGCGGCUCUCCAAACACUCACACAGGUGGGGUUGAGUUUAGGGUCUGCUAACAUGCAUCUCCCUGUUGCCUGAUGGAGUCAUCCAGGGACUGAAUACAAAGACUCGUUCUGUGCCAUUCCUCAUUUCAGUACAGCCUGUGUCCUCUGCUGCCUUCCUGUUAAACUUACACUACUGCUUUAAUCGUUCAUUUACAAGGAAGAAACUGUUAUCUGAGAGCUGCUCCUGAUCGCCAGAUUCCCUGCAGUGCACAGGACCUACCUCUCCCAGCCUGUUGGUGGCUCUCCCUCUGCCAGCCUUGUGGUUGGUCUUCCUGACUGCCCCAAGCUCUCUGCACACGCGCCUGGCUAAGGAAGUCAAAGGAGUGAAGAAUGACCAACCCCUCACACCUACCCAAACACGGUGCAUCUCUGGACAUUGAUGACAGUCAAGGUGAUGAUGGAUCUAGUCAGAAUGAUACAUUUCCUCUAUCCUCCCUGGCCAACCUGUUUGAGAAUGAAGAAGGGACAGUACCCCCUGAGGUAACCCAAACUCCACCGGUACCUGGGGAUAUCAAACAGAACCGUAAAAUAAGGUUUCAGGGGGCAUUCAAGAGGGGAAUGCCCAACCCUAUGGAUCUUUUGGAGUCUACCAUCUAUGAUUCCUCCGUUGUACCAGCACCAAAGAAAGCUCCCAUGGAUUCUUUGUUUGAUUAUGAAACUUACCAUCAUCACCCUACAGAAAACAGACGCAGGCGCAAGAAGAUGCAUACAGAGAAUCAGAAUUCCAAGACGGAUAGCCCCGACCCUCCACCGGUCAUUAAGAUGUUUAACAGACACAUGCUUUUUGAUAUUGUAUCGAGAGGUUCCACAGCAGAGCUGGAGGAGUUUGAGCGUUUCUUGUUGGCACAGAAGAAGCGGCUGACAGAUGAGGAAUUUCGAGAGGCAUCAACGGGGAAGACUUGUCUACCUAAAGCUCUGCUAAACCUAAAUAGAGGAAAAAAUGAUACCAUUCCAAUGCUGGUGGAUCUUGCUGAAAAAACUGGCAAUCUUCGUGAAUUUAUCAACUCUCCAUUUCGGGACAUUUAUUAUAGAGGACAAACUGCUCUUCAUAUAGCCAUUGAGAGGCGCUGUAAGCAUUAUGUGGACCUCCUGGUGGAGAAAGGGGCUGAUGUUCAUGCGCAGGCCAGAGGUCGCUUCUUCCAACCCAAGGAUGAGGGUGGAUAUUUCUACUUUGGUGAGCUUCCUCUUUCUCUGGCAGCUUGCACCAACCAGCCUGACAUUGUGCACUACUUGACAGAAAAUGCUCACAAGAAGGCAGACCUGCGGAGACAAGACACACGGGGUAACACUGUAUUGCAUGCCUUGGUUGCCAUUGCAGACAACACAAAAGAAAACACCAAGUUUGUUACCAAGAUGUAUGACCAAUUGGUUAUUAAGUGUGUCAAACUGUAUCCUGGCUGCAGCCUGGAAGUUAUCCUCAACAAUGAUGGAAUGUCGCCACUUAUGAUGGCAGCCAAACUGGGCAAAAUUGGGAUAUUCCAACACAUCAUCCGUCUUGAAGUAAAAGAUGAAGAUGCCCGUCACCUCUCUCGGAAGUUCAAGGACUGGGCAUAUGGUCCCGUUUACUCAUCUCUUUAUGACUUGUCUUCAUUAGACACAUGUGGUGAAGAGGUCUCUGUGCUUGAAAUUUUAGUUUACAACAGUAAGGUUGAGAACCGCCACGAGAUGCUGGCAGUAGAACCCAUCAACGAAUUAUUGAGAGAUAAGUGGAGGAAGUUUGGAGCGGUCUCUUUUUAUAUCAGUGUUGUCUCCUAUUUAAUCGCCAUGAUUAUCUUUACAUUAAUUGCUUUCUACAGGCCCAUGGAUGGCAAACCCCCCUACCCAUACAAAACUACUGUGGAUUACCUGAGACUGGCAGGAGAGUUGAUAACACUAUUGACUGGAAUACUCUUUUUCUGUACGAAUAUCAAAGACCUAUUUAUGAAAAAAUGCCCUGGAGUGAAUUCCUUGUUUGUUGACGGAUCCUUUCAACUGCUUUAUUUCAUUUAUUCCAUACUGGUGAUUAUCACAGCUGUGUUAUACCUGACUGGUAUUGAGGCUUACUUGGCUGUCAUGGUAUUUGCCUUGGUUUUGGGGUGGAUGAAUGCUUUAUAUUUCACCAGAGGCUUGAAACUCACUGGGACCUACAGCAUCAUGCUUCAGAAGAUUCUGUUUAAAGAUUUAUUCCGCUUCUUGCUUGUGUACCUCCUGUUUAUGAUUGGAUAUGCUUCAGCUCUUGUGUCCUUACUGAAUCCCUGUUCAACCAAAGAGACCUGCAAUGAAAAUGGAACAAAUUGCACAGUACCGGAGUACCCUUCAUGCAGGGACAGCAGCACCUUUAGCAAGUUCUUGCUGGACCUCUUUAAGCUGACCAUUGGUAUGGGUGACCUGGAGAUGAUCAAUAGUGCCAAAUACCCAGCUGUCUUCAUCAUACUGCUAGUAACUUACAUAAUUCUCACAUUCGUCCUCCUCCUUAACAUGUUAAUCGCGUUAAUGGGGGAGACAGUUGGCCAAGUGUCCAAAGAGAGUAAGCAGAUCUGGAAGUUACAGUGGGCAACCACCAUCUUGGAUAUUGAAAGGUCAUUUCCAGUGUUCAUCAGAAAAGCCUUCCGCUCUGGAGAAAUGGUAACAGUUGGAAAGAAUUCUGAUGGGACCCCAGACAGACGCUGGUGUUUUAGAGUCGAUGAAGUAAACUGGUCACACUGGAAUCAAAAUCUUGGCAUCAUUAACGAGGAUCCAGGCAGGAACGAUACCUAUCAAUAUUAUGGAUUCUCACAAACUGUGGGUCGUCUGAGGAGGGAUCGAUGGUCAGUUGUAGUUCCCCGGGUGGUAGAAUUAAACAAAUCACACGGUGAUGAUGUUGUUGUACCCCUGGAGCACAUUUCGCAAGGAAAUUCAAAUUACCGAAGACAAGGAUAUCCACAGAACUGGAAGAAAGAUGAGACUCACAUCUAACAGAGUAUAAACAAACCUCUACACCAUUGCACCCCUCUGUUCAGAAUGGCAUACAGUGCACUGCACAAACAAAGGUCCUUUGAUAACUGUGCUGCUAUCCCAUUUCUGGAAAACUGCACUUUUGCACAGGCCCAUGUUACAUGGCUGGAACAAUUACAACAAUAACCUGGAGUUCCACAUCUCCUUAUUAAUGGACUUGGCAUUAUUUAAAUGUUACAAAGAAUAAGGAUUUUUAUCUGUAUUGUAUUUUUUUAUGCAACAAAUGGUUUCUAAGCAUCCAGGCCACUUCAUCUAAAUUAAGUGGUCUGGGUGCAGGGCCCCUGCCUUUGUAAUCCUGCAACGGAAAACUCUGCUGUUUUGGUAGGAAUUGUAAUUUUUUUUUUUAUUGCAGGGUUACCACACCUCUAAUGGCUGUCUUCCUGACCGCCACUAGAGGUGCUUCCGCAGCUAUGACAGAGUUCAUAGGUCAAAUGACUGUCAUUAAGAGAAUUUGAUUGGUACGCUGCAGUGUUUUUAUACAGGGCAGUACAGGGCAGCCGGGGAAACCUAAAUGGGUAGGGGAGCACUAUAGCGUUAGAAAUACAAGUCUGUAGUUCUAAUGCUAUAGUGUUCCUCUAACAUCUUAAGGGAAAUCAGGUUUAAUUGGCAGAAAUAGUAGAGCUGUACAUUAUUUUAUAGACAAAGUGACUUUGAAUUUCAGGAUUAUUUUAAACUGAAAUCAUUCUAUGUU